UCUCAUUUUCUCGGAGGAUGUUGGAGAUCCGCAGCUAUAUUUCUUGAUUUUCCUUUUUUUUCUACGGAUUUCCACAACCUCCGUUUUGCUGCCUUAAUCCCAGUUAAAGAUGGGGAUUAUGUCAAGAAAGGUUCUGCCUUUAUGUGGGAGAUUGUUAUUUUUAUGUCCCUCAUUGCGAGCCAGGUCUAGGCAGCCAGUAAAGCGUUAUAAGAAAAUUCUUUCUGAAAUUUUCCCUCGGUUACAGGAUGAAGAACCCAAUGAUAGAAAGAUAGGCAAACUUUGUGAAUAUGCGUCAAAAAACCCAUUGCGGAUUCCAAAGAUUACAGAUUAUUUAGAACAGAGAUGCUACAAAGAACUAAGGAUCGAGCACUUCGGCUUUGCAAAGAUUGUCAUGCGUAUCUAUCGCAAAUUAUUACUUUCUUGCAAGGAGCAAAUGCCAUUGUUUGCAGGUAGCUUGCUGAGUAUCAUACAUACAUUAUUGGACCAAACAAGACAUGAUGAGAUGCGCAUCAUUGGAUGCCAGACACUUUUUGAUUUUAUAAAUUGUCAGAUGGAUGGCACGUACAUGUUCAAUUUGGAAAGCAUGAUUCCAAGACUCUGUGAGCUUGCUCAAGAAAUUGGAGAGGAUGAGAAGACACAUAACACACGUGCGGCUGGGCUGCAGGCUCUGUCUUCUAUGAUUUGGUUUAUGGGUGAAUAUUCCCAUAUUUCAGCAGAGCUUGAUAAUAUUGUUUCAGUAGUCCUGGAGAACUAUGAAAGUCCUCAAAAGAAGCCAGAUGUUCUUAACAAACAGCCCUCCCAGAAUCGGUGGGUGCAGGAAGUUCGUAAAACUGAGGGUCAUAUGUCUCCUUCCCCAAUUUGCAUUACAAGAAUUCCAUCUUGGAAACACAUCGUAAAAGAUGAAGUAAACCUGACAUUCGAUGAAGGCAGAAAUCCUAAUUUUUGGUCAAGAGUUUGUCUACGCAAUAUGGCCGAGCUUGUGAAGGAGGCCACUACUGUACGCCGUGUUCUGGAGUCUUUCUUUAGAUAUUUCGAUAAUAACAAUAUGUGGUCACCUGAAAAUGGGCUUGCUUUAUGUGUUUUACUGGAUCUGCAAUCAUUAAUGGAAAAAUCUGGACAAAACACUCAUUUGCUGCUCUCCAUUUUGAUCAAGCAUCUCGACCACAAGGCUGUAUUAAAACAACCGGACAUGCAGCUAAACAUUGUUCAAGUUACCACUAGCCUUGCUGAACACUCUAAAUGUCAGACUUCUGCUCCACUGGUGACUGCUAUAAGUGAUCUUGUUAGGCAUUUGAGGAGAACCAUGCAAUGUGCACUUUGCAGCCUAGACUUGGGUGAUGACAUUAUCAAAUGGAGCAAUGAAUUUCGUGCAGCAUUAGAUGACUGCCUAGUUCAUUUAUGUAAGAAGGUUGGUGAUGCCGGACCUGUUCUUGACAUGAUGGCCGUGAUUUUGGAAAACCUCACAUCUACAGUGUCAGUUUCCAGGUCCACAGUUUCUGCAGUUUAUCGUACAGCUCAAAUAAUUGCAUCUGUACCAAAUUUGUCAUACCAGAAUAAGGCAUUUCCAGAAGCACUUUUUCAUCAGUUACUUAUAGCAAUGGUUCACCCAGAUCGUGAAACACAUUUGGGAGCACACCGCAUUUUUUCUGUGGUUCUUGUUCCGUCUUCUGUAUGCCCUCACGGUUGCUCGGCUGUUCCAGAUUCACCAAAGAUGUCUGAUCUUCGAAGGACUCUCUCAAGGACUGUAUCUGUCUUUUCAUCCUCAGCUGCUCUAUUUGAAAAAUUGAAAAGGGACAAGUUUUCAUCCAGAGGAAAUGGUAACCAGGACAGUCAGGAUAAUGUUACUGAUGCAAAACUUUAUAAACUUCAGUCUUCUAAGAGUAGAAUUUAUAGCAUGAAGGGCUCUUCUCUACCUUCAGCUGGGGACAAACACUCUUCGAACAAUUCACCUAAGGAAAUGGAUCCAGUUCCCUUACGGCUAAGCAAUCGUCAGAUUAUUCUUUUGCUUUCAUCAAUAUUUGCUCAGGCGACAUUCCCUGAAAAUACUCCUGAAAAUUAUGAAGCAAUUUCUCACACUUAUGGCCUUCUAUUGUUGUUUUCUCGAGCAAAGACCCCAAUUAGUGAAACUCUUGCUCGAAGUUUUCAGCUUGCAUUUUCCUUGAGGAGCAUUUCACUUGGAGGAGGCGGUUCAUUGUCACCAUCACGCUGUCGAUCCCUCUUUGUGUUGGCGACAUCAAUGAUCAUAUUUUCUUCAAAAGUUUUCAAUAUUACACCUCUUGUUCCAAUUGCUAAAUUAUCCCUCAACGAAAAACUGGUUGAUCCAUUUCUUCAUCUAGAUGAUUGUAGACUACAGGCUGUCAAAAAUGUGAAAGUUUAUGGAUCCAAAGAUGAUGACAACGCUGCUUCAAAAUCUCUUUCAGCUGUUGAGAUAAAGGAAAGCCAAUCAAGAGAAGCUAUGGCUUCUGUUAUUUUGAACUGCUUAGGAGAUAUAGCAGAUUCAGAACUAUCUGUGGUGAGAAAGCAGUUACUAGCAGACUUUGUCCCUGAUGAUGUAUGCCCAUUGGGGGCUCAGUUUGUUGAACAAUCUGGCCAGCUCUCCUCACUAGUUUCUAAAAAUGACGUGGAGUCUCAAGAAGAGGUCAUAGCUGCAAACCUCUCAGUAGAGGACGAUCUCCUAAUAUUUGAAAAUGUGGCGGAUCCUGAACCUCAAUUACUUCCAGACACAUCCACUCUCUUGGGUGUCAAUCAACUUCUAGAAUCUGUUCUGGAAACUGCAUGGCAACCAGGAAGAUUUUCAGUGUCAACCACACCUGAUGUACCAUUCAAAGAAAUGGCUAGUCACUGUGAGGCUCUUUUAAUGGGAAAACAACAAAAAAUGUCUGUUUUCAUGAGUGCCCAACAAAAACAAGAACGAUACUUGACUGAUCUUUCGCAAGAUCAAAAUGAAGUAAACCAGCCCUUAUAUAUGUGCACAGAACAAUUCUACAGGGUCGGAAAUCCUUUUCUUGAUCCAGCUCCCAACUCCUAUCCAUAUGCCUUGUCUACUACUGCACCAGUUUUCUACCCAUCACAAGUUCAUUAUCAACCAGAGCCUUUCAGGCUCCCAGCAUCAAGUCCUUACGAUAAUUUUCUGAAAGCUGCUGGCUGUUAAAGUUGCAUUCUGCGAGGUGGUUCUUUACGGAUAGUUGCUAUUUUUAAGCCGGAGAAGUUUUACAGUAUCUUGCUUGAUGGCAUCUCAAAUCUGGAAAGCAUCAAUAUGAGUCAAUCUAACUGAUCAUAGAGGUGUAUUCCAUUUAUUAUUUCCUCCAUUCUUUGAUUUAAUAUUCCAUUGUAAAUGUGCAUAGUUGGUAAAUAUUAAUGUGGAAAGAAGAAGGUGAAGGUGGUGAGCUUGUUGUCCUUGGUGUCCAUGGUACCUCUCAAAUCCAUUAAACGUCGGCAAAUAUUUCUAUAAAAUUGUAAUUGAUGUGUAUGUAACCUUUGUAGAAUUAUCAUAUGGUUGGAAUAUAUGGCAGAGGAGAUCAAGUGACAACAUCACCAUCUCCUUUACCUACAGUUUUGUUUA